AUUGGUACUCGAACACCACCAGAGAACUCGCCACCGGCCUGAAGAUAUAUAAUAGCCGGGUGGAUGGAGUCAUACUCAACUCCUCUCACACAAGUAGCCACAACACCGACAACACCAACCCGUCUUUUUGCCCUUUGAAGACCUUCGUGACAUACGUCUAUCUAUAUAGACCUACCUUUACCACCCACUGGGGACAUCAUGGCUACGCGACCUAGCAUCCCCUACUACGCUCCGGCCGAGCUCCUCCCCGCGCCUCUGCCGACGGUGGCGGAGAUCCGCGCGUCGAAGCAGCGCCUCUCGGAGUGGUACGAGACACCUGUUGUCCGCGUCGGCGACCACUACGCCGUCAAGUACGGAAGACUCACCUCCAUCCAGCAGGGCGAGAACAUGCUCUUCGUCAAGCAGUCCAGCAGCGUCCCCGUUCUGACCGUCUACGCGAUCUUCGAGGACGAGGAAACCAGGUAUGCUUUCAUCGUGAUGGAGUACAUCCCCGGACGGAAUCUGGAGGGCGCGUGGAAGACGCUCGGCGCCGCCGAAAAGCGAGACAUCGUCUCGCAGCUCCGCCGGCACAUGGACGCCCUGCGCAGCAUCCCGUCGCCCGGCUACUACGGCGGCUUCUGGCGGCAGAGGAUCCUGGACCAUGACUUUCUCAUCCAGGACGUGGCCGACUUCGGCUACCCGUACCCCGAACCGGAGCUGUGGGGCCCGUUCGAGACCGAGGAGCAGUGGGCCGACGGCAUGUGGCGGUGCCUGCACAAAGCGCGCAACAACGUGCUAGCGCAGAAGAACGUGUCGCCAGGCACAGUGGACCGUUAUCUGGCGUACCUCCGGCGCCAGUACCACGCCGUCUUCAAGGGGCACAAGCCCGUCUUCACGCACGCCAAGUUCCAGCGCGACAUCGUCUUGCUGAGGGAAGACGGGACCGUCGCGAUCACCGGCUGGACACACGCCGGGUGGUAUCCGAGCUUCUGGGAGUACUGUGCUAGCGUGGCGGUCCUGGGACACCAUGACGAUUGGGACGAGAUGUUCUUUGAGAUCCUGGAUGAGUAUGCCGCUGAACUCGGUUGGUUCAUACACCACCGGGCGACGAUAGAAUGGUAGACUGGGCUUAAUGGCAGCUGCAAACAGGAGUAGUGGGAGAACUGAAGGUGGUGAAUAACAUUGGAAAGAAGGAAGGAGAGCGU